AUGAGCGAGGUGGUGCUGUGGCGCCUUUUCUUCAACCUGCUGGCCUUGACAGAGCCAGCGCGACCUGAACUUUCGUUGGAGUGGCUUUCGCAGCACUGGCCCUGGAUGGAAGCAGCCCUUGGCUGUCAUAGCGAGUCUGCAUGCGAGGCUGCAGUUACGCUCCUAACAUCUGUGCUGUCGCGGACACGGAACAGCGAGGCCUCGCAAUCAGUCCUCCUGCAGGCAUUCCCAGUACUGGCACAGUCGGCAGCAGAGCGUGGCAGCGCCGCAGCUCUGCAGGGUGUGGUCAGCGUGACCCGCAUGUUCCGUGGUGGGACAACGACAGAAGCUGCCAACUUCAUGGCACAGCACAUCUUGGCCAUUGCGCGACAGCUUCUCCCGAGCCUGGCCAAAGCGCAGGAUUUACCCCCAGACCUCCUGGCAGCACUGCUGGAGGCAUUUACAGUUGCCUUGGCGCCGCGGUGCAAGCUGCUGGCCUCGCAGCUGAUGGCAUCCCCAGAGAUACUGGCUGCUCUACUGCAGCCUGUCUGUGGGCUUCUAUGCAACUGUGCAAGCCCGCGACUGGCGUGUUGGAGCUUGAUGCUCGUGGACCGUUUCCCUGCGUGGUUGCAACAUGCGGAGACCGCCGCAAGCGCGAGGAAGCUCCUGGAAAUCUCCCUUCCUUGGGCGUGCGAGGCCUUCCUGAGCCUGCUUACCUCAGCGCCGGUGGUCAGAGACACGGAG